AUGACUGGCCUACCCCAGAAUGGACCGACUUGCACUCUAUCGAUCAUUGAUACCACGUGCUCCCUGACAGUGCCAGCCGACACCCUGGUCGAACCAACCAUAUUUGGACAUGAAUUGAUGAACUUUCCGACCUUUUCCUUCUUGAUCACGCACGACACUACAAGAAAGCAGUUGCUGUUUGACUUGGGCUGCCGAAAGGACUUUUGGAAUCUCCCUGAGCCCAUCUCCAAGACGAUUGAUGAGAGGGUUCCUGGAAUCAGGGUUGACAACAACCUCGCCGAUAUUUUGCAACAAGGUGGCAUUGAUCUCUCACAAAUAGAGGCAGCAAUCAUCAGUCACCAUCACUAUGACCACAUGGGCGACCCCAGAACGUUUCCAGACACCAUGGACCUCAUCGUGGGACCCGGGUUCUGCAAACACUUUUCUCCUGGGUAUCCAAAGAACCCAAACUCUCCCGCGCACGAGUCUGCCUUUCAAGGGCGACCGGUCCGAGAAGUUGACUUUGACGGUCAUACCAAGGUUGCUGAGUAUGAGGCCAAAGACUAUUUCGGCGAUGGCAGCCUAUUCCUCCUCAAUACUCCAGGACACGCAAUCGGUCAUCUUUCUGCCCUCGUCAGAACAACCCACGACACGUUUGUCUUUCUCGGGGGAGACAUCUGCCAUUUUGGUGGAGCAUUCAGGCCAAACGAGCAGACACGCAUGCCAACGCAGCUCAAGAGGGAGGAGGUUGCGCUACCACCUUCAGCUCCUGAACUUGUCUCGUGCGCACAAUACCUUUCGUGCCAUCCAAACCCCGACAGGGCGAAUUAUACACCAUACUAUCAGCCCUGCAGCAGUUCCGACUCGUGGUAUGUCGAUCCACCAGAAGCACACAAGAGUGUGAACACUCUUAUGUCGCUUGAUGCAGACGACAAGGUCUUGGUCUUGAUUGCCCAUGACCCAUCCAUUGUAGGCGCUCUCCCACUCUUCCCGAAUGGCAAUCUCAACCAUUGGCAUCGAGCUGGGUGGAAGCAACUUCUGCGAUGGAGGUUCUUGGAUCAACUUCCUAUCAACGGACAGCCGAGACCGUAUCUUAUCGACGGGACUUAUGUGGACGGGAAGCGGGUAAAGACACUUGAUGGAACUAGGCUGUGA